GGCGGCACGCACACAUACACCCACCCAGACACAAAAGGUGGGGUUGUGACAGGUGCAUCGCAUCAGUCUUAACUGCCACCAGCGACGCCAAGGCCGAGGAUCUAAGGACAGAACUCUGGGGUACUCUUCUUAGAAAGACUGCGUGAAGAGGAUGGCCAACUUCAAGGGGCAUGCUCUGCCUGGAAGCUUCUUUGUACUGUUUGGCCUUUGGUGGUCCUUGAAGACACCUCUGAGGCAGUGCUGUUUGCAGCGUCACAGUACCGAAAGGAAGAAAGUACCUCCUUUCUUUAAGAAACUUGACUUAAUCGAGGGGUCAUUGAAGGUUUUCUUUGCCUUCGCUGGUAUUAUGGCAGAACAGUUUGUUCCGGAUGGGCCCCAUGCCCGCUUGAUGAACAGUGAUGGCUGGGUGAAGCUGAUGAACUGGCAGCACAGCACCAUGUACCUGUUCUACGGCAUCUCUGGGAUCGCCGACAUCCUCUGCGCGACCUCGCCGUUUGCUCCUCAAGGGCUCGACAGCAUGGCGCUCUCUCUCGCACUGUUUGUUGAAGGAUUUCUGUUUAAAUACCACUUGCACAAUCGGCCGAUGUUGGACACGCAUGUGCACUCUCUCCUGCUGGUGGCCGUGUUCGGUGGUGCAGCCAGCACGGCCCUGGAGGUCUUCCUCAGGAACAACACUGUACUAGAGGUCCUUAGAUGCAGCCUGGCCAUCCUUCAAGGCACCUGGUUCUAUCAGAUUGGGUUUGUGCUGUUCCCACUCAGUGGACCUGAAUGGAACCAGGAAGACCACGGCAACAUGAUGUUCAUAACCAUGUGCUUCUGUUGGCACUAUGCCGUAGCUCUGCUCAUCACUGGUGUUAACUAUGCUGUCGUCUGCAGGGUUGUGCGCUGCUGUGUCACCAAACCAGCGUCUAACAUAGAGAUGGGAUUCAGGAAAAACACUAUGGAUUCUAGCUCACAAAAGGCUUUGCUCCAGCAGUCCGAUGAGGAGUGACACCAGACCAGUGAAGGAAAAACACUUGUUUGCAAUUUGCACGUUGAUGUUUGCGACCAAAUCACAUUAAGGACUAGAAUCGAGGGGCCUCUGGGAUUUGACUAUAUCAUGUUAACACUCCAAAGAUCUAAUCCUAAAUCAUUCAGGAUAUUCUUAAUCAUUUACAUUUAAAAGUCAGUGGCAAUUUAUUGGGUAGAACUGGUAGCACAUCAAGUAACACCACCAAACCAAUUAAAAAUGAGUCUCUCAUUGACAGGGGCGUGCACAGGAAUUUUGAAGGGCAGUUGCUCUGCCCUGGAAAAAAGGGGCAACACGUACUUUUUUGUCACCGCUGCUGCCACGCACCCGUCCCCUGGACGCAUAUUUUGCCUAUAAAUUUAAACUCUCACUAACUGCUGCUGCCACGCCCCCGUCCCCUGGACGCAUAUUUUGCUU